GGCCAACCUGAGGCACCGCAGCAUCAGAACCACAAGGUCUCAAGAGAAAGAGAGAAUGGCGGCCAUCUCCUCCACCUCCUACUUCUCCUCGCAGCCGGAGCUGCCGGCGUCCAGCGCCACCGCUACAGCCAGCAUCAGCAAAGGCCGGCAGCCGCGGAGGCAUCGGACGAGCGGCUGCGUCAUGCUCGAGCCGGCCUCCGGUGGCGGCGCGGUGGGGAGGAGGACCAGGAGCCUCACGGAGGAGGACCUGGAGGAGCUCAAGGGCUGCCUCGACCUCGGCUUCGGCUUCUCCUACCAUGAGAUCCCGGGCCUCUGCGGGACGCUCCCUGGGCUGGAGCUCUGCUACUCCAUGACGCGGAGGUUCCUCGACGAGCAGAGGACUCUGGUCGGGCAGCUGGAGCCCGCCGCGUCGGCGGCGCCGCCCAUCCCGGACUGGAAGAUCUCCGGCCCUGGUGAUGAUCCAGACCAAGUGAAAGCUCGGCUCAAGUAUUGGGCACAGACAGUGGCAUGCACAGUCAAACUCUGCAGCUAGUGGAGGUCCGGACAAGGGAGUCUGCCGAUUCAUCCCAUGACAUGGCGCUAUGAUUUAAGGUGCCUGAAGCUGAAAAAAUCUGCUUAUAUGGCUGAGACAUGUCGUGCGAACACUAAGGAGACGCUUCUGAUGCGUGCCGUCGGGACAACAUAACAGAUCGGUGCUUUUCAAAAGCUUCGGAAAGAGAGACGACUUAUGACACCACGGAAGAGUAAGAACUCUCGACGCGAUAUGUCGUCGGAGCUUUUCUGAAAGCGUCAGAUGCUUGCCACUCUCAUUCAUCAUGGGUGAUCUAAGUAGCAUGAAAUUCUAGAGACCUGCUAGUGAUUCUGCUCUUCCCUGUAAAAUGAUGACUAGGUGCUCCACUUGGGUUGUGCUACGCCGGGUUGAGCUUUAAAACCUGUCGGUAGAUUUGCUCAAGUAUGGCUUUGUUCUCAUACUCCUUCGACUUUGAUUUGCUUUCAACUAGUAGACACUGUAUAGGACUUUGAUGAACAUAUGUGUUGAUCGUGUUGUACUGCACUGCA